CAAGGCUGCUCAGGGAGGAAGGUUCCCCAGCGCUCAGGGGCCUGAGCUGAGAACUUAGCCUCGUCCCGCUUCUCCCCUAGGUUGUCACGCGGAGGACGAAGCCCAGCUCUGAUGGGACAGACACUCUGCAAGUGGUUGCCGUCACCGCACACGGUGUGUGUGGGGACACAGGAGGCCGCAGGCUCAAGGGAGCCAGCAUGCGUGCUGUGUGGCCGAGUGGAUGAGGAUUCAAGCAUCCUUGGGCACAAAGUAGAGAACGGUGGAUUCUAUUUCCAUACUUUUUGUGCGCUAUUUGCCAAUGGUCUUUGUGAACUUGUGGAAGGUAACAGUGAGGCACGUUUUCGCACAGAAGAUCUGGUACGCACCAUGAGGCAGGCAGAGCAGAUGCUCUGCUUCGUUUGUGGCAAUCUGGGGGCCAGCAUUACCUGCGCAGAUCCAGGCUGUGACCGCAGCUUCCAUUUCCCCUGCGCCUUGGAGGGUGAAUGCAUCACCCAGUACACUGGAGAGUUCAGGUCCUUCUGCUGGGAGCACCGCCCACAUCAGGCAGUGGAGGCAGCACCUGUGCAGGACACGACCUGCAUUUUCUGCAUGGAGCCCAUGGAUGACAGCAGGUCAUACAGCACCAUGGUGUGCCCAGCCUGCAAACAAGCCUGGUUCCACCGGGCCUGCAUCCAGGUAGGAGCCCUCUCCUCACCCCAUGGCACCACAGGUGCUCAGCAGCAUCAGGCCCGUCUCACACACACGUUUUUCGUGUUUCUGCUGCAGAAACAGGCUCUGUGCACAGGGAUUUAUCGCUUCCAGUGCCCCCUCUGCAGAGACUGGGUCGGGUUUAUUCCAGAGAUGCUCUUUAUGGGGAUCCGAAUCCCAUUCAGGUUGGUGUCUUUCAGCCAGCUCUUGAGAUGUGAGGGCACAUGA